AUGAUUAUAACUUUUUCGUUUCAAAAAAUAUCAUCUUACUCUCAGACUUUUGGAAUACUUAACAAGCGUUUAUUAAGUGAUGACACUAAAUUUAAUGAUGUAGUUGCAUGGGAUGAUAAAAGCUUAGAAAGAUUCUCAUAAAAUCAGAAUAAAUCUAAUUAUUUACUAUUAAGUUAAAGUUAACUCAAAGAUUAUUGCUAACCUAUAGAACUUUGUUAAUAAAACUAGACAUGUAUUAAUAGCUUUAACAACUAUCGAUUAUAGUAAAAUUACAUGGAUGACAACAUUUAAUAUAAAAAAGCACAAUUUUCAAGCUGGUCGAGCUCGAUGUAUAUAGAUUGGGAUGAUCUUGCUGCAGCAUAAAAAGAAUAUUUAAUUAAAAUGAAUUUACAAUAAACUUUUUGGUAAUCUUAUAUAAUAAAUUAAAAGUAUGAUUUUAUUUAAUCUAUAAGGAUAUACACUGCAAGACAAUCAGAUGGAAUAUAUUAUCAAAUACUUUCAGAGAGUUACUUAUUGGCAUCUAGUUUUUCUUAAAAUACUUAUUACGGAGGACCUUUUGCUUGUGUGAAGCGUAACGGACGCUAUCCUGAAUAUGCUUUCACAAGUACUGAUUAGUUCUAUGGAUUUCAAUAUUAAAAUUAACAUAUUUAAACUUGUGGAAACAGCACAUCUCCAUGCUCUUGUCCUUACUUUAAUUAAAAAAGACUUUUACCUAUUGAAUGGAGAUGCAGACCUUGGUAUUAGGAAGCGAAUGAUACUUUUUAUAUUAAAUUUUCUUAGCCAUACAUUGACUAGGGAUUGAAAACUGUAGCAUCUACUUCAACAUUUAAAAUAGUUAAAUCAUAGAAAAAUACUUAUUCAAUACAAGAUGAACUAAAUUACUAGUAAGAUGCUGUAUAGGCGAUGGAUUUAUACCUAUAAAACAUCUAAACUAGAUUUUUGUAAAAUUUCGAAGAUGAAGAAUAUUCUUAUUUAGUAUCAACUAAUCCAAGCAAAAAUUCAACAGAUUACACUCCGUUAAUUAUGGCUCAUCCUAGUAUGAAUAUUAGUACACAAUAAAAUAUUUAUGAUGUAGAAUUCUAAAAUGAAUAAAGCAAUGACAAUGAUAAGUAUAUGUAUGCAAAUUAAACUAGCUUUCUAAGCGAAAUCUUUACUAUUGAAAAUUCAUGUAAAGAAUUGAUUCAAAUGAAUAACAGCUACAUAAGAACUAUUGUAAAGGAUGGAUAAUAGUAUUUAACAAGGUUUUCACCUAUUUUCGUAUGCUAUGGAAAUUUAUAUGAACAAUAUAGCAGUAAAGUUGCUUACUAUGUUAAAUCAAUUUCGUAUUAAAAAAGAGAUAAAAGUACAAAGGAAGUUUCUUAAAUGAUGGAAUUUAUGGUCAAAACAAUAUUUAUUUUGGUUAUUGUAGCUAUUUUAUUUAUAAGCAUUAUUUUUUUCAUUUUGCUAAAAUAUUUUCUAAAGCAUAAUUUCGAAAUUCCAAUAGCCAUAGUAAGUAAAGUUAUUUAAGAAGCUGAUUGUGAAAGCAUUUAUAUUCUUAAUACUAAGAUUGAAAGUGGUUAGCUGAAAACUUCAUUGGAAUUGAAAAACUUGAUCUUCACAAUUAACAAAGUCAUAUUAUAAUUUUAAGAAAAAAUUAACAAAAAAUUAUAAAAUAAAGAAGAUAACUUCAGUCAAAUUUAAAAGAAAUACUUAAAGUCUAUAAAUACUUUUUAUACUUUUUCACAUAAGACAGGAUUAGGAAUGUGCUUAAAUAAUCUUUCAGUAUUAUACAUGCUAUAAAAGAACUAUUAAAAAGCAAUUGAUUUCAUGAAUAUUGCAAAUCUAAUUACUAACUAGAUUUUUGAAGAAAACACUUAAUCCUUAAUUCUUACAAAUAAAAUAGCAAAAAUUAAUAGCAAUUAGAUGUAAGCAAUUUAGAGAACGAAAUUUAGCUUUAAUUUAAUCGAUAAACUAUUUUUGAACGUUAUUAAACUAAUUAUUCAAAAGCCAGUAUCUAAACUAUAGACUCGAUUAUAUCAAAUAAACUUUAUCUAGAUGAUUAUGAUGAUAUAAAUGAAAUUAAAGGAUUCGAUAAACAAUCCAUUUCUUGUAACGAUGAUAAAUAAGUUUUGA